AUGAAGUUUACAGUUCUGUCAUUGGGUCUUAUGGCUGUUUCUAGUCUAGCAGCACCCUCUAGUUUUGUCAAGCGUCAGGCGUCUCUAGAGGAUGUUGCAACCACAGGUUUUGCUACCACAAACGGAGGCACAUCAGGAGGCAAGGGAGGCAAGGUCGUCAAAGUCGCCUCUCUUGCUGAUCUCGAAGCCGCUGUCAAAGGCGAUGCGGCAGCUAUUGUUGUCAUCACCGGGCCAAUCUCUGGAAAUGGAGACAAUAUCCACAUUGCGAAGAGUGUCAAGAACGUUAUCAUCCGUGAUGUUGUCGUCCGAAACGUUGUACAUGGCGACUCCAUUGCAAUCCAGAAGGCUCAGAACGUUUGGGUUGACCAUGUUGAAGUGUCAUCGGACAGGUCCCACGAAAAGGAUUACUACGAUGGCCUCAUUGACAUCACAGACGCAGCCGACUUUGUCACCGUAUCCAACAGCUACCUGCACGACCACUGGAAGUGCUCACUCGUGGGACACUCUGACAAAAACGCCGCUGAAGACAAGGGCCACCUCACGGUCACGUACAACAACAACUACUGGCGCAACAUCAACUCGCGUGCCCCUUCUAUCCGCUUUGGUACCGGCCACAUCUACAACAACUAUUUCGAGGACGUCAACGAUGGCAUCAACGUACGCCAAGGCGCACAGGUCGUUGUCCAGAACAACGUCUGGAUUAACCCCAUGAAGGCGCUGUACACUAUUGAUAAAGGCUUCGCAGUCGCCUCUGGCAACGACUUUGGUAACAGCAGCAACACUGCACCCACAGGUACGUUUACGAAGGCGCCUUAUGCGGUUUCCCAGCUCCUGGAGGCCAAGGAUGUCAAGGCUGCUGUUGUUGGUAUUGCUGGUGCGACACUCAGGUUUUGA